AUGGCGGAACAUAAGGUCGCUCUCAUCACUGGCAUCACUGGGCAGGACGGGUCCUACCUUGCGGAGCUGCUGCUCAAAAAGGGGUAUGCGGUGCACGGCGUCAUCCGCCGCUCAUCCUCCUUCAACACCCGCCGGAUCGAGGACCUGUACGAAGACCCGCAUGUGGACACGCGCAUGCUGUACCUGCACUACGGCGACCUGACCGACUCGACCAACUGCUUCGAGAUUGUCUCCUCCGUGAGGCCCGACGAGUUGUACAACCUCGGCGCCCAGUCGCACGUCAAAGUCUCGUUCGAGAUGUCAGAGUACACGGCUGACACAGACGGUCUCGGCACGCUGCGGCUGCUCAACGCGAUCCGCUCGUCGGGCCUCGCCGGGAAGACGCGCUUCUACCAGGCGUCCACCUCGGAGCUCUACGGCCUCGUGCAGGAG